UACAUUUACGCGAGAAAGCAUCGAUACUCUGUGAGCAGACCUUUCUCUGACUCUUUAAUGUGCUUAUCAGGCGAUUGUCAUAGAAAAGUUUUCAUUUUAUUCAUGAAUAAAAUGAUUUAUUUCCAUAAUGUUUGACUUUUCUUUAUCAUUUUAUGCUGUUGAUGUUGUGCAUUUGGGUGAUUGUUUUUUAUUACAUACCCGCAUAAUCAAAAAACGAAUUAAAUGUCGACCUUCACUUGAAUGCAAAAAAUAAAAAUAAAAAUAGAAAUGGGAAUGUAACUGCAUUUUCCCGAAUUCCAACCCUCUACCUAACAGCUUACGGGCAAACACGUGAAGGCAGCACCGGUGUCUAUCACUGCACUUCCCUUCUCGCAUCCACACACGACACACAGCGGCUCACAGGCGACAGGACCGUCGGAUGUGAGUGUUUGUGAGAGAGGGUGAAAAGCAUCAUGACCAUCAGAAACACUCUCCGGGAUCAUGGGCAGAGGUAUCGACCACGGAUGGCCUGUCUCAAGAAGGCGGAGAAGCUGAUGCUGGAGAUGCAGGACCCCAAAACAGGAGUGAAGUCACAGCCUCAGAGACUGGUCAUCACAACAAUACCACACGCCAUUACAGGUGAGGACAUCAUCACCUGGUUAGCGGACAGAUUCCAAGUGGACGCACAAGAGGCGAGAAGCUUCGGCUCCACGCUGGUGGCGUUAGGAUACAUCUACCCGCUACGAGACCACAAGCGCCUGGUGAUCAAACCGGAUGCAUCCCUCUAUCGUUUCCAGACGCCAUAUUUCUGGCCCACGCAGCAGUGGCCCGUCGAGGAUACAGAUUACGCAAUCUAUCUGGCGAAAAGAAACAUACGCAAGAAAGGAAUCCUGGAGCUGCAUGAGCAGGAGCAGUAUAACCGCCUGCACAAGUGGAUGAAUCAUAAAUGGGAUUUCAUUGUGAUGCAGGCUAAAGAGCAGUACAGAGCGGCGAAGGAGAGGAAGAAGCCAGACCGUGUGGUGUUUGAGUGCCAGGAGAGAGCCUACUGGGUGGUUCACAGACCUCCGCCGGGGACGGUCAGCGCCAUGGACUACGGGCUGGAUCGACGGAUAGAUCCGAACACAGAGGAGGUGAAAACACCCGACUACUACGAGAGAAUCAUGAUCUUCACCCAGCAGUCCAUCAUGAGGCCCAGGGUGAAGUCGUCCGUGUCCAUUGGCGCUUUGGUGAAGUACUGCGCCACCUACAGAAGCCACGAUCCUUUCCUCUCCAAGUGUCUUCCCAGCAACCCCUGGCUCACCGACGACGUCACAUACUGGACGUUAAACAUGCCCAAUGUGGAAAUCCCGACUAAGAUGCGAGUGGAGAGGUGGACGUUCAGCUUCGGAGAGCUGCUGUCGGACCCCCGAGGACGAAACGACUUCAGACUCUUCCUGAAGAAAGAAUUCAGCGGUGAGAACUUGGCGUUCUGGGAGAGUUGCGAGGAUCUGAAGUGGGGCACUGCGGCGACGAUGAGAGAGAAAGCCGAGCAGAUCUACAAGACGUUUCUGGCUCGUGGAGCGCCGCGGUGGAUCAACAUCGACGGAAAGACGAUGGAAGUCACGGUGAAAGGCCUGAAACACCCUCACAGAUACGUCCUGGACGCAGCUCAGACUCACAUCUACAUGCUCAUGAAGAAGGACUCGUACGGCCGCUACAUGAAGUCUCCGGUGUUUAAGGACACGCAGUCGAAGGCCAUCUCGCCUGAUGAACACAAGUUCAGUGAUUCCCAGUUGGAGCAGAACGCGAAGAAACGGCGGCCCAGUCUGAGCCCCAUCGUCCUCCGGCAGCAGGAGCAGGAGCAGAAGGCCAAGAUGGCCGCCAAUGUUGACAUCACGCAGCUGUGCCGCUUCACCACGCCUGUCCCUCACCUCGCCGUCUACUCUGGCAUCUCUGACUUCCCCUCUGCCAACGCCUCCCCCUCGCUGCCCUUCCUGGCCCAAACCCCGGCCUGCCCGUCCCCCAUCAGCGUGGCGUUGGACAGCACGUCGGCCUCUGAGCGGCGGGUGGAGGCCAGUGAAGGAGAAGGAGAGGGGAACCCCGCGGCUCCGGCAGCCGUCGGUGGGAACGCGUCCAAGUCCCGCAUGGCUCUGUCCCUGCGCCGCCUGCUGAAGCGUGGCUGCACUCCCACCACCAUGUUCGCCAGCUUGUCGCCCAAGUGCCACUCAGCUGCUGGGACGAGUAGCCGCAUCCAGCCCAUCAGUCCGGAUCAGCCCAGUCAGGCUCCACCGAGACGGAUCGCCAAUUUUUUCCAGAUUAAAGUUGAUAUUCCUCCAGAGUGCCGUAUCUACCCCAUAGAGUCCGAGGAUGAGGACGAGGAGACCAGGGCCGCCUCUCGGGGAGGAGUGGGAGCCAAAGAGAUCAUCUGCCCCUGGGAGAGCCUCAGUCCACAGAACGGGACCGGAUAAUAGACCGCAGUCACACGACAGGUUUCUACAUCUGAGCAGGCAGAUUUCUGCCUCUUCUGCAGAGAGGAAAAGAUCUCACAGAGGUCAAAUCUCUCACCAACUACAAGACCAAACACAAUCAGGACUGUGACACCAAACAGUCCUGCUGGGGCGAAUCUACAGAUGCUGCUGGUCUCCAGCAGACUGAGCAUCCAUGUAGUGUCUCAAAGUUUUAACUUCUCAUACGACCCAGUUUCACGCCUGCUGCAGUGUAAUCCUCUCCUCCACCGUCCACACUCAGUGCUUUACUCGCUAUCGCCGUUUCUCCAAAAUAUGUCUGAAUACACGUGUUGUUCACAGCUGUUUGCCUUCGCGACCAGACGGGAUCACAGAGCUCCUGAGGUCAUGAGUCCUUGUUCUUAUAAUUCAACAUUUCGUUUAUUCAUUUACCUAGUAAAAAUAUUAGAAAUUUAGAAAAAAAACAGAUUUCACUCCCAGGUCGUCAGAUAUCAGAUGUUUUGUGAUGUUCCUGAGCAUCUGAAUGAAAGUGUUUCUAACACGUGGUUAACUUCUGUGGUUUGGUUCAGUUUGGGUGUCAAAAAACAUCAAGAGUUUGAGUUUAAAAAGAAGUUAACUUGUGUUUGAACAUUGUGGAAACAUUUGGGAUGAUAUAAGUAAACAACUCAACAUAAUAACAGUUAUAUUGACGUUUUCAGAGAUUUAAUGCAGAAUUCUUACAUAUUAUAUCUUUGAAAUGAGUCGACGUUGUUAGGACACUAACAACGGUCUCGGGGAUAAAUUCUGUUUCUUACUGAUUGACUUUUAUUUUCUUCACACUAACUCUCCUGACUUGUUCUCUGGACUCGGGAGGCUGGAGGAGAUUCUUUGAAUGUCGCGUCUAACAAAACCGUCCUGAUGACUUGAUGUUUGUGGCUCUGAAGCUGAGAUGCACAGACGCUGUAUUCAGAGAUAUUUUGAAGUAUUUGAUAGUUAAUUCAACAUGUUCUUUUGGUGGAUUAUUCCUUUAACUUCAGCCUUAUCGACACCGACCCUGACUGAUGUGAGCACCAGCCGAGCGGAGUGAACAGGGCAUCCCGACCUGAGCUGUAGCUUUCACAUGUGAAACCUCAUUCGUAUCUAUACACGAGCAGCAGCCUUAACGCCGACACGUCAGAUACUUUGUGUUUGUUUCCACCCAGCAGGCGUGUGCACAGACAUCGUCCGGAGCUGCAGAGGAAAGAAAACCAUUACAAACAAACCUCACAAUCAUUCAGAAAACUAAAAGUUUACAUCCUGUACAGAGAGACAAACCAAAGCAGACGGACUUCCUGUGCACACGCCUGCUGUCAGUAUAGAUAAUGUAUUUAUAUCUUUAUUGAUUCUGAAGUGUUCUUGUGCUGCUAAAUAGACGUAGAAGCCUCAUCCCUGAUUUACUGACCUCCUCAUCCAUGAAGCGACAGACUGGAUGCAGUUCAGGUGAGAUGAGAGCACAUGAACAGUUUGCCUGCGUGUUGCUGUUUUGCCGAUCGAGGGUCAGAAACAGUUUCGUACGCUCUCGUGUAGCGGUCGUACGCCGAACUCCAACCCAGAGACAGCGGCGUUGAUGUUUUCUCCCUCACGCGUCUCUCCGUGAGCUGAGGGGAAGUACAAUGUGAAUUAACUGUCUGAAUGUAUAAUCUCUACCAUGUUUACAGAUGCAAGAAUGUGAAAAAUAUACCUUAAAAUUUGUCGUAUUUGAUUUGUACAUUCCAUAGCUUUUGUCAAGUGCCUCAAUAAAUGACCGUCUGAA